UUGUAAGUUUUUUUUUUCCUAGCUAAGCUAAGAUCAGCUCAUUACAACAAAUAGAGAUGCUAAAUCUCAGCCGUUGGAUUUGAGUUGGCGUAGAAUUGUCAGUUGAGUACACGUGCUACUACUACUAGUACUAUCUUUUCCUCUUUACCACUUCUUUUUAUCUUUGCUUCCAUGCAUGGAUUUCUCCUCCCAUUUGCCAAACAUAGUCUUUGUUUGUAGUUGUUGUUGUUAAAGAGAGAGAGAGAGAGAGAAAAGAAGAAGUAAAUUUGAUCUUGAUAUUUGUUCACUGUUUCUUGAUUUACUCUGUAGUAUGACAUACUAAGUUGUACUAAGUAGCAUUUUGAGCAAUUGGGAGGAACAAGACUAGGUAAAAGUUGGACUUUUUUUUUGUGUUGCUUUUCUUGAUCUGAUAUUCUUGAUUCUUGAAUUUUGAUUCAAUGGGAUAUGAAGAUCAUGAAGUAGUAUUGAAACAUGUUUGCAAAUUUUGCAACAAGAGUUUCCAUUGUGGUAGAUCUUUAGGGGGUCAUAUGAGGUCUCAUAUGGUUAAUACAACUGAUGGGGAGACUUCAAGAAAGAAGCUUCCAGCUUUGAUCAUCAGCAGUACCAGUAACAAUGUUAAUUUGGAUAUGGGCAAUCAAAGUGUUAAUUAUGGGCUAAGGGAGAAUCCCAAGAAGACUUCAAAAUUUUCUCAAGAUUUGGAUACUUUGCUUCCCAAAGUUUGCAAGGAAUGUGGCAAAAGUUUCCAAUCUUGGAAAGCUUUAUUUGGGCACAUGAAGUGUCACUCAUCAUCACAAGAAGAAGAUUCUUGGAACAGUGCUAGUGAAUCUGAUACUGAAGCAGCAGCAGCAAGAAACAAGAAGAAGAAGAAGAGAUCAUCAAGAAGAAGGAUGAUGAAGAGGUAUAUGGCUCCUACAACUUCUUCUUCUUUAACUGUUGCUGCUAAUGCUUCCCCUUGUGUAUCUGAAAUUGAGCAUGAACAAGAGGAGAUUGCUAUGAGUUUGAUCUUGCUUUCAAGGGAUGUUGGAAAUUGGGUUGGUCACAAUCAUGUCACUACUGAUCAGUGUUCUGAUAACAAUUCUCACUUCUUGCAAUCAAGAUUGAUGAGUAGUAGUACCAAAUCAGAGCUGAUCAAGAAAGUAAAAAAUUGGAAAACAGAACAAGGUGAGACCUCUAAUAAGUCUCCAACAAAUGGUCAAAAAAGGGACAAAUCAGAGCCUCCAAUUCUUGGAGAUGAGAAAAAGAAGAAGAUUAAAGUAGACAACGAAUUUGUUAUGUCACAAAUGGAUUCUCAUCCAAAAGAAAACUAUGACAAGAUAAAAUUUGAGUGUACUACUUGUAACAAGAGCUUCCACUCCUAUCAAGCACUCGGUGGUCACAGGGCAAGCCACAAAAACACUAAAGGUGAAAAUUGUACUAGCAUUGACAUCAAGAAUUGCAGCAAUGAGAGUGGAAUUAAUGAAUUUAGGCACAAUUGUGGAUCCAAGAAGCAGCUAAAGAUGCAUGAGUGUCCAAUUUGCUACAAGAUUUUUCCAUCAGGUCAAGCAUUAGGUGGUCAUAAGAGAUCCCAUUUGAUUGCUGAGGCCAAAAAAAACAUCAAUAACAAUAACCAGACUGUUGAAGUAGAAAAACCAAUACCAGAAAUCAGAAACUUUUUGGAUCUAAAUUUGCCUGCUCCUGUUGAAGAAGAAGAAGAUAACAUAUUGGAUUCUAGCACUACUGAGAAGCAUAUUGAAUUCCAGCAAUGGUGGAUUGACAGCAGACACAAACAUGAGCAACUAUUGGGCCUUCUUUCUAACUGAUCAUUGGGGAAUUUCAUCAAAGUGUACAGAUUCAUUGAUUCUUUACAUGAUUGAACUGUUUGAAUUUCACACUAGUAAUUAGUGGUGGCAACAAUAACUAUGCCUCAGUCUCUAACACGUUCAGGUCGGCUGGUUAUAUAAAUCUUUACUGUUUCAUUUAAGUUCAACUCAAAAUUGGUGAAUUUUACGCUAGCUGUCUAACCUACUCAAUCCUCGCUUGAGAUCGACAAUGUAAGUUUGCUCAUUGAACCAUAUAUUAAGCACCCCUUAUUUUUUUUUGUUGAAUUUCUUUUACAAAUUUUAGUUAGGGAAUGGUAAUUCAUGUGUACAACAUGUAACUUUUUUUUUUCCUAUUUUGGAUUCUUUUGUUGAAUAUUCAUCUUGAGCUAGA